AAGGCGAAGGUGGAGAGGGGGAGAAGGAGGAGCUUCCUGCCCUCACCAGCAAAUUACCUGGCCACUUAAUCCCAGAGACUCCGGUACUUGGGCCCCAGCCUCCGGUGCCGGCAGCCCCCCGGCCGGCUGCCCUCUCCUCCCCCGCCCUUGCUGAACUCCCUCGCCCCCCGGGGCCUGCCUGGGUGCCAGGACUGGCAUGAUCAGCUGAACUUUGCCGGGUUAGCGCUUCUUUCUGGCUUCCCCUCAGCGGUGCGGAGGCGAGGGGAGCGCAGAUAACCGGCUCAGGACGGACAAACCGGCAGACAGACAACCGCGCCCAGGCUCGCCUGCAGAGCCCCUCCACUCCCCACCCCCACCCGCCUAGCCUCCGGGACCAUGUCCAAACCUUCAGACCACAUCAAGCGACCCAUGAACGCCUUCAUGGUAUGGUCCCGAGGCCAGCGGCGCAAGAUGGCCCAGGAAAACCCCAAGAUGCACAACUCAGAGAUCAGCAAACGCCUAGGCGCUGAAUGGAAGCUUCUGUCCGAGGCAGAGAAGCGGCCGUACAUCGACGAGGCCAAGAGGCUACGCGCCCAGCACAUGAAGGAACACCCCGACUACAAGUACCGGCCGCGGCGCAAGCCCAAGAACCUGCUUAAGAAGGACAGGUAUGUCUUCCCCUUGCCCUAUCUGGGCGACACGGACCCGCUCAAGGCGGCAGGCCUGCCCGUGGGGGCCUCCGACGGCCUCCUGAGCGCGCCCGAGAAAGCCCGGGCCUUCUUGCCGCCAGCCUCGGCGCCUUACUCCCUGCUGGACCCCGCGCAGUUUAGCUCAAGCGCCAUCCAGAAGAUGGGCGAAGUGCCCCACACCUUGGCCACCGGCGCACUGCCCUACGCGUCCACCCUGGGCUACCAGAACGGCGCCUUCGGCAGCCUCAGCUGCCCCAGCCAACACACGCACACGCACCCGUCCCCCACCAACCCGGGCUACGUGGUGCCCUGUAACUGUACCGCCUGGUCUGCCUCCACCCUGCAGCCCCCCGUCGCCUACAUCCUCUUCCCCGGCAUGACCAAGACUGGCAUAGACCCUUAUUCGUCAGCCCAUGCCACGGCCAUGUAACCCCCAGCCUAGCCCGCCAGACCUGGAGGGUGGCCUGGAAGCGAGAUCUGCACCCUGUCCUCUGCGCCUAGCCCGGGGCUCCGGCAACCCUACCCCAGACUCUGCCUCUCUUCCAGGGUGAUGGUAGGGGCGUCUGCCCGGACCCAAGGUGCAGACAGGUGCCAGAAACUUGCGAACAUAGGACAGCUACACAGCUGCCCCUGCCCCGA